UGGUGUCAGCUGUUCAGCACAUGCACACAGAUGAGUGUGUCCGACUCGGAGUCUCACACACUCCUGGAAAACUCCAGACACUUCGCUCCCUGUCUGGUUCACUGGAAUUUUACAAACUAUCAAUGAAAACACUUUUGUUCCUCUGACAACAUCUUCUCUGCGGAAAUAUGCCUCGCUCCAGGUGUGCAGCAGGAAACUCUUUCGUACAAGUUCUUCGUUCAGGAGUUUCCUCUUGCCCUGGAGGACACAUGUAGGACUGUGCAGUCCCCCCCCCCCCCCCCCCCCCGUCAGUGAAAAAAGCAUAUUCACAUCCAGACCAACAAUAGAACUAAUAAUCCUCCAAGAUGAAUGUCAAUUCAGACUAUGUUAUUGAGGAGCCAGGAGCCGACUUCGCUGAAGUGGACAUAUGCACGUUUGAUAUUAAUAUGAAGUAUGAAGUCAUCUCAUCCAUUGUCUGCUCCGUUUGCCUUUCAUUCGGCCUCAUCUACUGCUUUCUCGGAUACCGCUGCUUCAAGAUGGUGAUGUUCCUCUCUGGCUUCAUGUUUGGCACGACAGCCAUACUUCUGUUUUACCACAAGGAGCCUGUGUUGGACAUCCAGCUGGGCACGGAGACCAAGGCGGGGAUCGUCCUGGCCGUGGGCGUGCUCUGCGGGUUGAUGACAAUGCUGUUGUCAACAAUGGGACUCCUCCUCAGUGGCCUUCAGCUGGGCGCCCUGCUCUCCCUUGUCACCCUGGUGGUUAUCGGACAGUUUCACAACCUUACGCCCGUGUGGGUGCCUCUCACUGCCAUACUGGUUGUCAGCGUCAUCACUGCCACGCUCUCACUUAUGUGGCAGAAACUAUUCAUCGUCGUCUUCACAUCUGUGUUCGGAGCUACCACUGUGAUGCUGAGUGUGGAUUACCUGCAGGGGGCGUUCAUGCUGCCUGAUCAGGUGUACGAUAUGCUUUGUCAAGUUACUCCACCCCCACUGUGCUGGUUUAACUGGGUAAUCAUUGGGAUCUGUCCUGUUUUGAGUAUUUUAGGGAUGUUGGUGCAGUGGAGGUUUACUGCCAAAGGAGUAUCACAUACAGAAGCUGCCCACAAAAAACUGACUAAAAAGCUUGACAAGAGGCACAGAUACAGAGAGUCCAGGGGGAGAUCUCGACCACACCGCCGACGCAGGCCUCCACCGCUGAAACGCUACACUGGAGACGUCCUGGCGCCGAGUUAUCUACAGAGUCUUCAGGAGCGCCAGCUGGGAACAGGCUCGUCCACUAGCAGCGUCAGCACUAUCACACAUGCUCUAAUUGACUUUGACUUUGAGACUGGCUCCAUGGUGCGUCUGACCACCGCCUCGCCUGUUUUUACAGUCUGAAAGAAACACAGCAUCACGUAUAACUAUACACAUAUGAGGAAUCUAUUAUGUUAUACCUGAAUCUCUGCUCAUUUCAACAAUUCAUGCAUUUCUGCUGAUGCCGUGAGUCCACUGUAAGCGGCUUCAUCAGAUAAUCACCAACAUGCACACGGUGUCAUUUGAGAUCAUCCUCUGAAUGAUGAAGACGAAUAUUGCAACAGUCACACUCGUCAGGACCAUUUUUUGGUAAUUUGACCAUUUUAAUUAUUCAUUAGUCUCAUCCCUUUUUUCUUAAACGUUAUACUUUUAAAGUCAAAGCUCAUUUGCUUAUAACUGCUGGAUCAUGAAACAAAUAUUUUCUACAUUGUAAGAAUAAGCUUGUUCUGAAAUAAUCAAAUUACUUUUCUUUAAUUUACUAAUGCGUCAAAUCCACUUGUGGGAUAAUGUACCAUAAACAUAUUUAAGAAAUAUUCAGUAAUUACUUACCUCUCUGUUGGAGUGCAAAUGUCCUGGUUAAUUGUACUUCUUGAUGUUAAGGGUGAACAAUGUAAAAUACUGACUUGACUUUUGUGGAAAAAAUUAAAAAAUUAAAAUUAAAAGAAAUCAGUGGAUAGGAAGUAGCAAACUUGCUGAACAUGUGUAAACAAUAGACCCCCCCUAACCCUUACCUUUACAAUGCCCAAAUGAAUAAACUUAAAUGAAUAUUUCUUAUUUAUAUAUUAUUGUUCUUAGUGUUAUAAAUAAAUGAUAA